CUUCGCCGGGCGUCCGGGCCGCUGCUCCCAGGGGCUUCUCUGGCCCGCCGAGCUUCCGAGAUCCCCGCGGCUGGGCCCGGCCGGACGGCGUGAGACAGCGGCUUGGCGUCCCAGAAAAAGGCCCAGGUUUGACCACAGGGGAAGGAUUGGACAGGUUGCUGGGGAAAGUGAGUGGUCCAUUUAACCAAAGCAGAGAUGUUGGCCUAUUUAUAGGAAUUACUUGAAGCCAGAGUCAUGGUGGAUGUAGGAAAGUGGCCAAUCUUCACUCUGCUCUCACCUCAAGAAAUUGCAUCUAUUCGGAAAGCAUGUGUCUUUGGCACCUCAGCCAAUGAAGCACUGUACGUUACUGACAAUGAUGAGGUCUUUGUAUUUGGACUGAACUAUAGUAACUGUCUAGGAACUGGAGAUAACCAGAGUACACUUGUACCCAAAAAGCUAGAAGCCUUAUGUGGAAAGAAGAUUAAAAGCCUUAGUUAUGGGAGUGGACCACAUGUCCUUCUCAGCACCGAAGAUGGAGUUGUUUAUGCCUGGGGCCACAAUGGGUAUAGCCAGCUUGGGAAUGGGACGACCAACCAAGGCAUUGCUCCCAUCCAAGUCUGUACCAAUCUCUUGAUCAAGCAAGUGGUUGAAGUAGCUUGUGGCUCACAUCAUUCAAUGGCUCUGGCAGCUGAUGGAGAGGUAUUUGCGUGGGGCUAUAACAACUGUGGCCAGGUGGGAUCAGGAUCUACAACAAAUCAGCCAACUCCUCGAAAAGUUACAAACUGUUUACAUAUUAAGAGGGUGGUUGGCAUUGCUUGUGGUCAGACCUCAUCCAUGGCUGUUCUGGACAAUGGUGAGGUGUACGGCUGGGGUUACAAUGGCAACGGUCAGCUAGGCUUGGGAAACAACGGCAACCAGCUGACCCCUGUGCGAGUGGCGGCUUUGCACAGCGUGUGCGUGAACCAGAUUGUCUGCGGCUAUGCACACACUCUAGCACUAACAGAUGAGGGCCUGCUCUAUGCCUGGGGGGCUAACACGUACGGGCAGCUGGGAACUGGCAAUAAAAAUAACCUGCUAAGCCCUGCCCACAUCAUGGUGGAGAAAGAAAGGGUUGUAGAGAUCGCGGCCUGCCACUCGGCACACACGUCAGCGGCCAAGACCCAGGGCGGGCACGUGUACAUGUGGGGCCAGUGCCGGGGCCAGUCGGUGAUCCUGCCCCACCUCACCCACUUCUCCGGCACCGACGACGUGUUCGCCUGCUUUGCCACGCCUGCCGUCUCGUGGCGCCUCCUGUCCGUGGAGCAUGAAGACUUUUUAACAGUUGCCGAAUCACUGAAGAAAGAAUUUGAUAGUCCAGAAACUGCUGAUCUGAAGUUUCGAAUCGAUGGGAAAUACAUCCAUGUCCAUAAAGCUGUUUUGAAAAUCAGAUGUGAGCACUUUCGGUCCAUGUUCCAGUCUUACUGGAAUGAGGAUAUGAAGGAGGUGAUAGAAAUAGACCAGUUUUCGUAUCCAGUGUACCGUGCCUUUCUCCAGUACCUCUACACAGACACAGUGGACCUGCCGCCUGAAGAUGCUAUAGGUCUUUUGGACUUGGCCACGUCUUACUGUGAAAACCGACUGAGAAAGCUUUGUCAGCACAUUAUCAAGCGCGGAAUUACUGUGGAGAAUGCCUUUUCGCUAUUCUCUGCUGCAGUCAGAUAUGAUGCAGAGGAUUUAGAAGAAUUCUGCUUUAAGUUUUGCAUCAAUCAUUUGACAGAAGUUACACAGACUGCAGCAUUUUGGCAAAUGGAUGGCCCUCUGCUAAAGGAAUUCAUUGCUAAAGCCAGUAAAUGUGGAGCCUUUAAGAACUGAAGCCCAAGGCUGCUGGGUUUUGUGAGUGCUCCGGGCACGGGCGAUGAUGCGUCCUUUGUGCUCUGCGGGUGAUGUAAUUUUGCAGGUAAAAAACCCAUCAGGUUCCCCCCCCCCCCCCCACAUCUGAGACACCAUUCUCUGUGUAGGAAUAUAUGAAGGAUGAUUUUGAACAACUCUUGUUUCCAGAUAUGUACAUUUUAAAUGUAACCUUAAUUUGGCUGGAACAUUGUAAAGGGGUGAACGUUUAGCUGAUUGUUUCUUUGUUUUUUUGUUUUGUUUUUGAUUAGAGGAACUUUUGAACUUGGAAAGGGGAAGUCUGUGGUAGUUCUCCUGGUUCACAUAUUGACAACCCUUUGACACCAGGAAUUUGGGACAGUUUGUGAAUUGUGGGAUAGAGAGGCCCCACCAUGAAUUAAAGAUGCUGACUUUGGGGCUUGUUGAAAUGAUGCAUUAGUUGCUAUUUCACUAGCCAUACUGUGAAGACAUGGGAUAGUUUGAGGCUUUUGUGUUUGCACUACUGAGGACCUUUUUUAACUUCAUAGUAUAUCAAAGUAAUAAUCAGUUUAAUAUGAGUUAAAUCUAUUGAGAUGAUGAUUAUGUAAAGAUAAACUUCUAGGUUUAGCCAAGAUUUCUCUUCAGACUUAAGCACAUAAAGUAGUAAUUUAGGACUACCUGUGAAAAGUUGACCAUGAAAGAAACUUUAUUUGGACAAAGGUCAAUAUUUUAUAAAUUAGAAUCUCCACUACUAUCCAACAGUGUUUUAUUUCAUUAAGACAAAGUCUGAGAACUGAAGUUUAAAUUGCUCCCCCACCGCUUCCCCCUGUAAUUGCUCAUCAUAAGAGGAGAGUAAUGACAUACUCAGUAUACUCUUGCCUUCCUAAAUUACGGCUGCUAGAUCAUCAGAUUUGCUACAUCUGACUCAGAGAAGCGGUUCUUAAAACCACCUUUCUGGCAGGACUUCUUGGAAUUUGUUUUAGCUUUUAUCUAGGCCAAGCAUCACAAAUUUGCUUAUUUGUAACCUCAGCAGCUUUCAUCUUUUAAUUGUGUUAGGUAUAAUAUUUAGCACAAUUUAACUUCAAAAAAGGAUCAAAAUUAUGGUUUUCCUGAAAAGAUCCUACUUAAAAGGGUCUUUUCAGUUUGUUUUUGUUUUUUUGUUUUGUUUUGGUCUGCUUAUGAAAUGUGACUUUGGGAGGAAGAGUGAGUGUUCAGCUUUGGGUUUUAUCAUGUGUGUCCAUUGAGCUUGCUGUAAGAACAAAGCUUUGUUCUGCUCUGGCCAUGGACUCAUUUCCAUUUGUGGGCGCUCCCUAGUGAACUCUUUCCUGCUUGGAAGUUCCCUCAUCUGAACUUGGAGCCUGAAUAUAUUUUCAGAGCCAAAUUAACGAGAGGGUAAAGAUACGCUGCAGCUGCUAUUUCUAGCAAUGUUUCGAAGUGUGGGGGGGGUUGGGUGGGAGUGAGGGCUCAAAGAUAGGAGUUCAUUGAUAAGUGAGAUAAUUACAAACCUAGCAGUCCCAGUUCCCUUUUCUUGACCAUGUCGCAGGUGAUUGAAGCCCAAUCAAGUAUUACAUUAGAAUUAGUUCUGCAACAUGAUAGAAUUUUUCUUAGUAGGUUGAUAAAUGCACAUUAAUUUGAUUAUUAGCUAUGAUGGGUAGUGUUUGUAACAAUCACUGUUCCAUAGGCUUAUGAUCUGGACAAACAAGAACUUCAGUAUGUUUACUAUUGCUCUUACUUGAAAAAAAAAACAAAAAAAACAUUAAAGUAGUAGAUUCAUUUCCAUAGAUUGUUCAUUCACUCAACAGAUAUUUACUGAGGUUCCUUAUAUAGGUGAAGAAUCACUUCUCAUAGUAGAUUACUGAGUAAUUUGUAUGAGUAUGUAUGUGGUGAAGAAAAGGGGAAUGAGUUCUUUGAAAAGUACUUGAGUAUCUUUUUUUUAAUACACUCUUAUUUUUCUACUUGGUUUUAUUGUUAAUCAUAGCAGGAAAUGAAAACUGUUUUUUGAAUUGUUUUUUUCAUCUGAUGUAAUAAUGAAAGCCAAAGUAUUCAUAUUUCUUAAGAUAGCCCUCAGUGUCCUCUUGAACUUCUUACUGGAACAAUGUUUGAUACUCUAG